AUGCAGAGUAGUGACGGGCAGCCUGCCGGCCCCAGUGCCCUCGAGAAUCGCCUGAGAAAUUUGAUUCUCACCAAUGCUCCCCCUACGAACGGCCCGCCCCAAUUCUCUGACACCCCGCGAACGGCCGCACCUCUCCCUGUCGGUGCUGCUUCUGCGCAAACCGCCAACAAUGACAAUCCUGCCUCAGCUCCCGUCGAUGGCAAGCUCCCAGGCUCGCCCAAGAUUUCCAGAAAGCGCCCCAAUCAAGCCCAAAGACGCCAGAUGAACGCCCAGCUGUCAAUUCCCAUUGAUACUCGACCUUCGCCGCCUACCCAUUACGGAAGACCUUUUUCCGGAUCUCCGGGUCAUCCGUCUCAUCCUCCCGGCUUCCACCAGAAUGGCGGAAGAUCUCACCACGCGGCCCCUUACCAUGGCCAGGGCCAGCCGCAGGGUCAGUAUGCUGGAAUGCAACCGCACACGCCAAGACGUGAUGGACCUCGACACCCCGGAAAUUUGGACACCUCUCGCUACCAUGGUGAUCAGCCUCAUUUCGCGCGUCAGGACAAUGGAUCGCCCAGAUAUCCGCGCAAUCCUCACGGUCAGCUCUACAGUCCCCGUGGCUCCCAGCACCAGUUCCGUCCCGAGGAGCUGGAGAAUCAGGCCGCCUACCUGGAGGGGCUCUGCAGCACUCUUGUUGCUGGCGCGGAGAUUGAACGCGGCGAGAUCCUCGAGAAGGAAAACUUUCGCCUCAAGAUUGAGCAAGUCUGCCGGGUUGCCAUCGCCGAGUAUGAGCAGCAACAGAAUGACAUUGAGAACUUCCCUCCCCAGUCUGUGGAGUUGAAAUGCUUCGGCAGUCUUUCCUCAGGUUUCGCUACCAAAGCAUCCGACAUGGAUCUUGGCCUCGUCUCGCCGCUUUCCCAACCACAACCGGAUGCCGCAGGCUCACCCAUUCCCAGGCUCAUUGAGAAGGCUUUCUUGGAACUCGGCCUUGGCGCUCGUCUCCUCACUCGAACCAGGGUGCCGAUUAUCAAACUUUGCGAGAAACCCCCUGAGAGACUGAGAUUGGACCUGCUGGAAGAACGAGACAAAUGGGAAAAGGGUAUUGUCGACGUCGACCAUGCAGACGCAGCCGAUGAGGAUGAGCAUGCCGACACUGAAGCUACCCAUGCCAAGGAGGCUACCAACGAUCAGCCAGACGAGUCGGCUGAUCAUAAGACAGACGCAACGUCCCCUACGGUGGGAGAUGCCUCCGAGUCGAAGCUGAGCAUGCGCCAGUCAACCAACAUGUCUCUACCCGCUUACUAUAAUGUGGCGAAGCGGGCAUUGAGAAAGUUGGGAGGUCGUGACGUUACUGUGUCAAACUGCCGCGAGCUGACAGAAGGAGACUACGUGCUCCUUAACAAAGUGUGCGAGGCCUUCUUCGCCGGUCUUCACAAUAGGGAACUGAAGAACAGGUUGUCGGCUUAUCACUCGCUGUCCUUUAAGCCCCUCGCCAACGUACCCAACUACCGUUCGUUAGCCGGCGUCUACGCGCAAAUGGAAGGCGAAAGAAUCGUCAUGCUUUGCGAGGCAAAUACUAUCGUCGCUAGUGCCGAGGAUGCUGACGAUUCUGCUAACGCGCUCAUCGCAGCUUGGAAGUCCCUCCAAGAUCAGCCACACUUUGGCAUUGAGCCGCUGACUUACACCAAGCAUCUUCAAAUCCAAUUGGAGAAGCUCAGAAAGCUGCCAACCGCACAACUACUCACACUCGAGCAGAGCCAACACGAGGCCGCUGGCGCGUAUCACAACAGAACGUCCAAAGUUGUGUCGCAGCUUAGACCCCGCGAUGCCGCCAGCUUGGUGGCUGCCCAAAAUCUCAUCAUCGAGAAAUUCGCGUCCGGCAUAUGGAUCAACAGCAUUCGCACGCAGGUCGCAGAAUUCAUCGAUGCCUCCCCCGCGAAUAUCAGCAUCCACGCCGUUGCCCGCCGCCACAAGAGUCUACAGCUGGCGUCUGAGCUCGAGAAGGCUCUGGACCAUGACUUGUACGAUGCGACUCUCGAAAGCGACAUUAGAGAAUAUAUCUCCGUCCUUCGUGGCCCCAUGCGCAAGAGCAAUGCGGAAGACCCUCACUAUGACUACGUCAUCCCCGUCACGAAACAAAACAUUGAAAUCAUCAAACGCAUGCGCGAGAUCAAGGACCCGGCAAAGAUGUCCGUCAACCAGCCCCGCGACCCUUACCGCGACAAGCUUGAGUUCCCCAAAUCCGGCGUAGGCGUGCAGUGCGACAUCAACUUCUCCGCCCACCUUGCCCUUCAUAACACUCUGUUGCUCCGGUGCUACUCCCACACCGACCCUCGCGUCCGGCCCCUCGUCCUGUUCAUCAAGCAUUGGGCAAAGGUCCGCGGUAUAAACACACCAUACCGUGGCACCCUUAGCAGCUAUGGCUACGUCCUCAUGAUGCUGCAUUACCUCGUCAACGUCGUCCAGCCCUUCAUCUGCCCCAACCUUCAACAACUCGGCCCAGCCCCGCCGCCCGAGGGCAUAUCUCCCACCGGCCCCGAUGACAGUAUCAUGUGCCGCGGACGCUUCGUCGGCUUCUGGCGCGACGAGCCCGAGAUCCGCCGCCUUGCCCAGAUGAACCUUAUCAACAGCAACCGCGAGUCUAUAGGCCACCUUCUCCGCGGCUUCUUCGAGUACUACGCCCAGAACGGCUCCAUGAGCACGUACCCCGGUCGAGGCUACGACUGGGGCCGCGACGUCCUCAGCAUCCGCACCCCAGGCGGCCUGCUCUCCAAGUCCGAGAAGGGCUGGACCGGCGCCAAGACCGUCAUCGAAUACCGCCCCAACGCCGUCAACUCCCCCGGCACCGAGGCCCCUCCCGCAGCCGCGGCGCACUUUGCUCUCAAAUCACCCAUCGACCCGCCUACCCCGACCACACCGUCCGCCGCGACCACAUCGCAGGACGCGCCAUCCCCGACCGUCGGUGGCAAGCCAGCCGUCGCCACGCCCACGACCGCCGCCGCCGUCACCGCCGCAUCCCACAAGAAUGGCGAGGUGAAGGAGGUCCGGCACCGCUACCUCUUCGCCAUCGAAGACCCCUUCGAGCUCGACCAUAACGUCGCCCGCACCGUGACGCACAACGGCAUCGUCGGCAUCCGCGACGAGUUCCGCCGCGCGUGGCGCAUCAUCAAGGGCGCCGGCACCGGCAACUUCAGCGAGGAGCUGCUCAAGGACGUCGCUGCGGUGAAGGAGGAGGACGAGAAGAGCACGUUUGUGUCGCUGCUGGACGAGAUUCACGGGUGGGAGCUGUUCGAGUGA